UCUGGCCGGAACUGCUCAUAUAUUUCUAGCGGCGAGUUGUUAUUAGCCAGUCAAAAAUAUUAUCCACUCGUUAAAUACAGCUAAUUUUCAUCCAACUUGUACUUUGUUUAAUAUACACAAGUAUUUCAGCAACCCGACUACACUCACAGUUAUUUUCUUCUUCUUCUUCUUCCCCGUUUUGUUCAAUAACCCCACCUGUCAAAAUUGAGCUAGCCAGUUAGCUUGUAGCUAAGCUAGCCAGUGUGAAGCAGGGGGACCAGGUACAGUUUUAAUGUUGUCAACAUAACGUUAGUACAAGGAUCGCUAAUGGCAGCUCGGCAACCCUUCAUAGACUCGGAUACUUCCGAUGAAGCAGUGAGGGCGACCUGUGACGAUGCAACCAUAUGUAAAAGGUUUGCUACCAGUAAAAGCUACUGGAAGGACCCCUAUAUCCAGUACUUUGUUAGAUCUGUCGGGGAGCGGAAGGCACCGGAAAUCAAUAGAGGUUACUAUGCCCGCGUUCAAGGAGUUAACCAUCUGCUCGACGCCUUUAUAAGGAAAACAGAGUGUGACUGUCAAGUAAUCAACCUGGGCGCUGGACUGGACACCACGUUUUGGAGACUUAAGGAUCAGAACCUCAUGCCACGGAAGUUUUUUGAAGUGGACUUUCCAACAGUUGUGGCCAGAAAAAUACACAAUAUCAAAACAAAACCUCCCCUGUCCAAACCCCUCAUUGAAACCCACUCUACAGACUCCUUACUACUUGAUGCCCACAGCCUUGACUCAGACCGGUACUGUAUCAUUGGAGCCGACCUCCGAGACAUCUCCAACCUGGAUGAAAAACUGAAGAAGUUCCAGCUGAAUCCGGAACUGCCGACGUUGCUCCUGUCAGAGUGUGUGUUGGUCUACAUGACGCCUUCCCAGUCGUCCAAUGUCGUUCACUGGGCUGCAGAAACCUUCCCGACCGCCAUGUUCAUCAACUACGAACAGGUGAACAUGAGCGAUCGAUUUGGCCAAGUGAUGAUCGAGAACCUGCAGCGUCGCCAGUGCACCCUGGCAGGAGUGGAGGCCUGCCGGUCUCUGGACUCUCAGAAGGAGCGGUUUCUGAAGACGGGCUGGGAGCACGCUGAUGCUCUGGACAUGAUGACGGUCUACAGCAUGCUGCCUCAGGAGGAUGUGGGAAGAAUUGAGCGCCUGGAGUUCCUGGAUGAGAGGGAGCUGUUGCAACAACUUCUUCAGCACUACAGCAUCAGCUGGGCCUCCAAAGACAAACUCAAUCUGGGUCUGUCACAUUUGGCGUUUUGAGUGUGAAACGGCUCCACUGUUGCACAUGCACGUACAUGUGUGCACGCCAAAGUCAACAACGGAAGAAGAGGUGUGAAGGGAGACACUGGGAAAGAGGAAAUACUUAUUCUCCAUCAAGCCCUCAACUGGGAGCUGUUCUGGUGCGAAAACCCCCGACAUCAGCGGAAUAUGAUUUGACGAGCGUCCUUUUGCCACCCCCGAACAUGUACGAAGAAAAGAGAUGUUUAGGUUGAUAACUGUGAAGAGGUUUGUCUCCACACUGGCUCUAACUUGUAAAUGGAUCAAGUUUGUUUUAUUAAUUUUCUUUUAUGUGCCAUUUUGAUUUUAUUUAUUCAUCAAGUGUACUUCCAGACUCAUUUCAUUACAAGCCGUACGGACAUGCAUGUGAUAGGACUUAGUGUCGAACUGCAAGAAUGCUUUACAUCGCAACUACUACUUCAUUUACAUUUGCCCGUAAAGUGUUUUCUAUUCUUGCAGCUAGUUUUCAAACGGCAGAGAGGACAUGACAGAUUAGUUUGUGAUAGAUCAUAUUUGAUGAAGGCUGUUUAAGUGCAGUUGAAUAAAAAUGAGCUUUUGUGUAAGA